AUGAUCACGGAGCUUACUGCUGCUACGAAACGUAUUGCCUAUCUGGAAACUAAAACUGAGGAUUUAGAAAACCGUGGCCGUCGGAAGAACCUGAGACUUGUGGGUCUGCCUGAGGGCACCGAAGGAACCCAGUCCAUGCUAAGCUACAUUCAGCACAAGAUUCCUCUCUGGUUGGGUCUUGACCCCGCGGACACUCCAUUUACGAUUGAAAGAGCACAUCGCACGCUGGGCAGACCAAAACCAGGACAGAAUCGAGCGGUACUAAUCAGAUUUUUACGUUUUCAAGAUCGAGAAGUGGUGUUCCUUAAAGCUAAGCAACGCACUAUCACUCACGAGGGCCAUACGAUCGUUUUUGCCCAAGAUUUUUCUGCAGAAACCAUGAAGAAACGCAGCCAGUUCAACGCGGUGAAAAAGCAGUUUGUUGAAGCUGGAUCUUUUCGGGGAUUCCAGCUACAACAAUGUAAGAUGCGGAUCUUCCACAACGGGAAGAUAGUAGGGCUGGGCAUCGAUUUUCGAAUAUUCGAAUAG